ACGGAAGUGAUCAAAAACUAUUUCCACGUUAGCAUUGUUAUUUAGACGUUUAUUAUCACCAUGGAACUCAAUAUCAGUCCUUUAACUGCAUAGCGUCACAUACUUACCCAAUGUAAUUUAAAAUUCGCGUUGAUGCCAGGACUUGGUUAAUAGAUAUUAUUUAGGUAACGCUAACUAGGUAUAGUAGCUGAUCACGUUAGCUAACAAUGGCUAACUGUAACGAUAUGGUUUUUCACACUCAAAUAGCCUCCAUCAUGGAGGUGCUAGCGAAUGCAGCCGUGGCAGAGAUCUGUAAACUCGUAGACGACGACUAUGCAGUGUUUCGUUUGGAAAUAACUCGAAGCCAGAAAGAUAACAGGACAUUGCGGAGGAAACUACAGCUACUGGAACUGAAGAUGACACGGGAGCGCGCAGAGGGGACAAUGCGAGAGCCCGCCCUGGCAAGUCGUCCCAGUAGUGUCAAGUUCCUCGACCGACACAGAGGAAUGGCAAGAGGUGAAGGAAGUCUCACUGGAGGCCACAGGAGCUUUGUUAAGCCAAUGAAGCACAAUUCAUGGAGAGAUGACCAACCAAUUACUGUUGAUGAGGGGAGUGGAACCUCAACCCAGCAUGUUAUCAUGAUAGAGUCUGCAGAUGCAGAGACUGCAGGUCCUGGGGUCAAGAUGGAGAGGUCUGAAGGAGAGGAAGACCCACGGCACAGCAGAGACAUCCAGACUGGAACGCCCUCUGUAGCCAUGGAGGACCCCACCACCGCCCCAGCGCAGCCCAGGACCCGAAGCAGCAUCACUGAGUCAGUAGACUUGGAGGAUGGGAAGCCUGAUCUGCUGCUGGUAAAAGAGGAGACAAUAGAAGACGAACCAGAGAGCAUUGAUCUGCUGAGUGGACUAAAGAUGGGGGCGCAAGGAGACUGGGUGGCCAUCUUGGAUACCCAGACCAGUGCAGCCAAGAGCCCAGGGGACAACAUCAUUGAUCAGGGCAGGACCAGAGGUGAUAUAGUGGAGUCUGCAGCCCAUGAAGACCUGCUGAUAUCCAGUGUUACUGGUGGGAGAGAGUGGACCUCUGAGGUGGCUGGCCAUAAACCCUGGACCCGGAUCAGGACCCUGGAUCAGGAGCCUUCGCUCUUCAUUCCCGAGUCGGAACCAGGACACAAUCGCGAAGUACAGAGACUCCACCACACAGAACACAACCAGUGGACAGGUGGACUGAACAACCUCAGUCCUGGUGGUCAUCAGAGAGACAGAGGCUCCAGUCAGGGAUCCAGUCUGCAGUCCAGACCCUUCUCUUCACAGUCUCAGUGCAGGGAUGAAGCAGGGCCUGGAGCUGAUAGAGAUAGACCCUCCUGUUCCUAUGAUAUGAACAGAGCAGGUCAACCUGGGCUUCAGCCUUCUCAGAGAGUGGUGGGAGACCCCCCUGGUGGUAGUUUUUCAGCAAGUCUGUCUUCUCCUUCAGGUUCUCAUCUAAUGCCUGGUGACUGGAUUCAUGGAAAGCCUGGGCCUGGGUCUAACCUUCCUCAGUUUCCUCCUGGUUACCCCACCAAUACAGACAGGGUCAGGAUGGGUGUACAACACGAGAGGUACCUAGCCUAUAACACAUCACAUAAUCCCAACAACACCCAAACAAUGGCUAGAGGUCAGGGAGGGAGCUCAAAGACUAACAAUCUGAGGGUGGUUCUACCUGCUUCUACCACCUCUGGUGUCAUUGGGUCACAACAUGGGAGGCCGAGCAUUAGGACGGAUGCAGACAAGCCGUAUGCCUGCCCCACAUGUGGGAAGAAUUUUGCUAAGGCAAAAUAUGUGAAGCAGCACCAGACCAUUCACACCAAUGAGAGGCCCUUCAAGUGCAAACUAUGUUACAAGAGCUUCUCCUUCCUGAGUAUCCUUAUCAGACAUAAGAGUGUUCACAAUGGGGAGAAAUCGUAGCAGUGUGGCUUGAGUUUUACGCAGGGGAUAUCUGGGAACUAUUCUUUAGCUGAAAUAUUAUUGUUAUCAUGUGAAGUGUCUUGGGGUAAGAGAGUUUUUUGGAUUACUAAGUCCCUCAGUAUUUGGGCAUGCUGUCUUUCUCACAGGAUACAGACUUCUUGUUUGGUGUGCUGGCAUAGCUAUAACACUGUCAUUUAAGUCUAACACUAUAUUCACACUUUGAAUUUGGUUUUGCCUGUGUACUAUUCAUAACAAAAAUAAUGUCCCUCUUUUAUAUAACACCUUUAUAACAGGCAUCUGUUUCUUUAUGUACUAAAAAUAGAUUAUCUGUUACGGUUUUCUUGCAGUGAAGGAGAGGAGGACCAAAAUGCAGCGUGGUUAUUAUUAUACAUCUUUAAUAAAGAUGAAAA